UAAUAAAAACCAAAAACUACUGUGGCUUUGCUCAAAAUCUAGUGACUCAUUGCUUUUAUUUAUCCACUCAAUUGCUCAUCUGCUGCAUUGUUGGCUUGUUUGUUGGCCACUUACAGUCUGAACUCAGCCUUCAAACUAGUGCAGUAUGGCAUUUGUCAUGGCACCUUUAACAUAUGCUCCAGCUUACAAAAUAGUUCACGACGGGAGAACUUCACAAGUAACAAUUCCAAGUGUUGCAAGAAAUCUCCGUAACAAAUCGCUCUGGCAAUGCUCGGCUACUGCUACUGCUACUGAUACUUCCUUGUCAUAUGAGGUAGAGAAUAAAAAGCAUGAUUUGUUGAGAGCAAUUCAAGAGACAGAAAGGGGGCUCAAAACAACGCCUGACCAACGGUCUUCCAUUGAGGAGGCACUAGUGACUGUAGAGAAAUAUGAUGCUGGUGAGCCAAUUGAUUUGGCAAAACUGGAUGGUACAUGGCGUCUUCAGUAUACUUCUGCUCCUGAUGUUGUCGUCCUUUUUGAAGCUGCUAGUAGACUUCCGAUUCUACAGGUGGGUCAGAUUUACCAGAAAUUUGAAUGCUGUAAUCAAUCUGAUGGUGGUGUUGUCCGUAAUAUAAUCAAGUGGAGCAUUCAGAACCUACUAGAGGAAAAUGAAGGUGCUACCUUGCUCGUUUCUGCCAAGUUUUCAGUGGUUUCACGUCGCAAUAUCUAUCUUCAGUUUGAAGAGAUCACUCUUCAAGACAUUUCCAUAAGUGAGCAGGUACAAGCUGUUAUAGCUCCAGCACUCUUACCAAGAACAUUUUUAAGCUUACAGUCAUUGCUAACUUUUUCAGCAACCUUGUUAGCCAAGAAGCCAACCAAUAGCUGCUCUAUUGGAUUGGUGAUUCUGCAGUUUUUCCGUUCCUUCAAAGCUCAGAUUCCUGUAACAAGCACAAGCCCUCAGAGGCGAUCAGUAGGGGGAUUAUAUUACCUUUCCUACUUGGAUAACAACAUGCUCUUGGGUCGUGCAGUUGGAGGUGGAGGGAAUUUCGUGUUUACUCGAGCUCAACCUUUUGUCUGUUGAUAAUGCUCAGCCCCCAGUUUCCCUUAUCAAAGUUCAUAUCUUUCACGUGUAUUUUGACCAGAAUUUAGUCUGACAGUUAAAUUUGUUUCUAUCAGUAAAGUAUCAAUAUAAUUAUGUUAUUAUUUUGUGUACUA